AUGUUUCUUCAUUCGGGCGCCAGUAUUCACGGCCAUGAAUAUUCCAACAGACCCUCAUCACCCCAGUCAUCGCACAAGCUACGACCCUCUCUCCUAUCCUCGGCUCUCUCACCAGCCAAGAACCUUGUGACCACGACUACCGACAUCCCAAAGAAGCCUGUUUUGCGACAACGGCCAACAUCAGAGUACAUCCCUCGAAACCGCACCCCCGAGCCAUUAGUUCGCUUCCUGGAACCCGAGGUGGUGGAGCCCCAGACGCCUGCCAUGAACCAUGAAGACCACCAUGUCUUCUCCGAUUCCGAAACCAGCGAGGCGGCCGUCUCAGUCGAUGGUCACUCUGACCCGGGCCGCCGUUCCCGUCGCCGUCGGACUACCUCCCGCAAGAGCACCACCUACUACCUUGGUUAUCCCACCCCAAAGAAGCUUGGAAACCUCAAGGUGAUGCAUACAGUUCUACCUAGGCUGCUCUUGCAACUCAAGGCGGUGUCUCCCGAUGGCCAUGCGCGCCCUAUGCUCGAGGUCUUCCCAUCUUCGCGGAUCGCCGGCCUUGUGAUAACUCCCCGACUGGCAAAGCGGUUUCCGGGCAUUUUCGGGGUCAAGCGCCAGCUUGGGUACGACGACCUAGUGCUGAUGAAGCGGGAUGAUGACGAGUUGGAGCGGGAGGGUUCGGAAAGCGGUGACGGUGACGAGACCUUUGAGAAGAGCAAGCUUCUUGCUGUGUAUAGCCCGGUCAAGCAUUCGGAGGAGACGGAGAUUGUAUUGGGAGAUGGAUCCAUCUGGACCGCCAAAGCGUUGCCUAACGGGUGCUACGACUUUGUCCAUGUCGAUGAAUUCGGUCAUGUAACAACAGCCCGCUGGGCUCGCCGAAGCGUUGGCAAAACACCACCUACACCACCAGCGGAUGCACUUGCGCCGCCGCCCGAAUAUCCUCGCUUCACAUUCAGUAUCAUCAACCCCUUGUCACGACGCCAUCCAGUCAUGGCAACCCUAACACACUGUACACUCAAUGUCCAAGACACUUACACCACUGUCUCCUCAUCCUAUGGUCGCUUCCCACCAAGGCCACUUGGUCGCGCAGUUUCAGUCAAUGCUCUCAGCCGGGGUGGCUCAUCGUCUUGCCCCUCGAGUCCACUAAACUCAUCACCAGAAGAUAGCGAAGCUGACUCCGGGAUCGGCAUCACCCAACCUGAGCCCGAGCCUGAGCGAACCGUGCGCAUUAUCGACGAAGCUACCAAGUCUCUCAUCUCGAUCACGGCCUUAUGGAUAGUCCUGCGAUCAGGGUGGUCACCAAAUUACGUUCCCAGCACUCACAACCACACCAGUGCCUGCUCGGACGACAAGUCACCAACAACACCAACGACCGGCAACGAAAAGAUCCGCCGCAGACAUACAUGGUCCAGACCGAUCGCUUCCGACUCCUUGAGCUCCUCAAAGGGCAGCACCCCGCCAAUAAGCCGGCAACCGUCUGACUCAGAAACACCACAAUUACAACAGCCAGCAACACCAGCGCAAUCGGCCAAACCAAAACGCCACUCCAUGCCCGCCCAACCUAUCGACAAAGCCAUCAGCGAACGGUGCACCUCACCCGCCCCUUCUGCAAGCAACGUCCGCCUACCCGGCCCGCGCCGCGCAACCAGUACCGGCGCCAACUUUAUGCGACAUCGCUUACUCUCGGAAGCGCAAAGCGAUCAGGAUUUGGGUAGCCCUAUUAGCGAAAAAGUGCGGCAUGGAUUGCAAGGAAUGUGUCCGUUGAGGAACAGGUCGGCGGAUCCACUGGUGGGCGGAGGGUUACUGCAUUCUCAGCACAACUAUUUCGGGCAUCAGAGGGACGAUUCGAUCGCGACGACGUAUUGUGCGCCUAUUCAGGAAAUUAGGCCUUCGAUGGAUAUGAGGCCGGCGGCGGAAAAAGUGGCGGAAGAAGGAAGUAAGACACGUGAAGUGCCAAAGUUGGUGGUGGAUACCACCUUUACUGUGGAUAAGGAUGGGUUCACAAGCUUGGGUCUCGCUAGAGACGAUGGCCCUCAAUGA